CACUGCUUAGCCAUUAGAAGGCUAAGCAUGGUUAUCUGGUUCUCCAUUAGCCAGAGAGUUGAUUUAUAGGUUCACAAAUGCGGCUGAAACAUCAGAACCUGCUUACUCAGAAGAGUGAUAAGCAAUGAGUUCCAAACAGCAACGUGUGAAACUAAAUGAUGGCCACUUCAUUCCUGCACUGGGCUUUGGCACGUAUAAACCUGAAGAGGUUCCUGAAAACAAGCCACUGGAGGCUAUAAAUUUAGCUAUUGAGGCCGGGUUCCGUCAUAUUGAUACUGCAUAUGUGUACCAAACUGAAAAGAAUGUAGGACAGGCUAUUCAAAGCAAGAUUGCUGCUGGCAUUGUGAAGAGAGCAGACAUGUUCAUCACUAUAAAGCUUUGGUGCACUUUCCACAGACCAGAGUUGGUUCAACCUAGUUUGGAAAAAUCAUUGGAAAACCUUCAGCUGGACUAUGUUAACCUCUAUAUUAUUUAUUACCCAGUACCAAUGAAGGUAAGCAAUUUGAAUGAUAAGACUUUUGGCUUUCUGUUUGUCCAUCCACAGGUGGAAUGCCAUCUCUACCUGAACCAGAGCAAGCUGUUGAACUACUGCAAGUCAAAAGACAUCAUUCUGGUUGCCUACUGUGCUCUUGGAUCUCAAAGACCUGAACGAUGGGUAGACCCAAGCUCUCCAGUUCUCUUGAACGAUGAAGUUCUUUGUGACAUGGCAAAAAAGCACAAUCGAAGCCCGGCUCAGAUUGCCCUUCACUAGUAUCUUCAACAUGGAAUUGUAGUGCUUGCCCAGAGUUACCAAGAGAAUGAGAUAAAAGAGAACUGGCAGGUCACCAGGGAAGCUGGGGGCAUCGGGAUUCUUACAUUCUCUCUCUCUCCACUAUGUUCUUCUUUAAAAUAUCAACUUUUGUUUAUCUUUGUUUUUUUUUUUUAAAUUUGGUCAAUCUCCUUAGCAUUUCCUAUUCCUGUGAGAUUUCAGUUGCAUUUAGAAAUAUUCUCUUCUACUCUAAAACACAAACAUCAACUUAGCUUAAUAGAAUUAGGUUCAGAGAGAGCACAGAGAUUUAGGAUUCAAUAUGUCAGCCACACACUGUGAAUACCUCCUUUGCAAUGGAUCUCUUCAUCGUUCCCUGAAAUGAUAGUUUAAGAUGGGGCAUAUCAUACCUUUAUAUGAUAAUUUUUCACAUCUUUAUUUUGCAUUUGGACUACAUAGUCACAUAUUUCACUUUAUUGUUGUUUACUCAAUUUUAAGUAUAUGGGUAUAGAUGUUUUGGAGGCAUAGAUGUCUGUGCACCAUGUUCAUCCCUGAAAAGCCAGAAAAGGCUGGCGUAUACCCUAGAACUGGAGUUGUGGAUGGUAGUGAGCUGCCCUGUGGUUGCUGGGAAUUGAACCUGGCCAGGUAGGGCAGCUAGCGCUCUAAACCACUGAGCCCUCUCUUUAGCCAUACUCUCAUAUUUUAAUGUGGAAGUGUCUAUUUAUUUAUUUAUUUGAGUUGCCUCACUGGCUAAGUGCAUAUUCUUUUCUUGAAGACUUACCUGUGCUGAUGAUCUUCUAUUUUCAACUGCAAGAACUUUGCUAUACCAUUACCUAUAGUAGUUGCAAAAUAAACCAGGCCCAACAUAGUGCUUCAAUACAAAGAGUUUUGUUUAUUUCAUUGUUCUAUGAUUUUAAAAUUUUCUUCAGUUCAGCCUGAACCCUGACACAUCUGUAUAGCGUGAGUUCACUCAAGUGUGUUCAUGGAACUGUUGUAUAUGUUUUCAGGAUGAUGAGCUCCAUCUGCCUCAGGAUUCAUUUAUCUCUUACCUGAUGUUCCUUAGCUUCAAAUAGUUUCCAUUCACUAGCCAACUGGCAGAGGUUUCACCUCCUCACAUACUCCUCUUUCAAGAAAUUGAGUAGAUACUUGCAAAGACUUUAAACCUAAGCAAAGGAUUAUUAUAUCACUUCUCCUGCUAAGUGUAGUAGUUAAUAAAAGCUACAAAAAUCUUUAAGAGACUGGAGAUGGCCCCAUGGUUAAAGCUCUUGCCAAGCAAACAUGGGAGUAGAUUUUAUAUUUCUAGAACCAUAAGAUCCCAGGAGGAUGUGCCCCCUCCAAUCUCAGUCUAGCAAGCAGAGAUAAGGGAUCCCCAGAGUAAGUGAUUCUGAGUAAGUGAUUCAGAGUAAGGAUUCCCCUUGCUAGUGAAAAUAGCCUCAGUGACUAAGGUACAAAAACUAUGAGAAUGAAGCCUAGUACCAACCUCAUGCUUUCAUAUAUGUGCACACAUGGAUGCUCGCACACGCGCAUGUGCACAUGCAAGAAGGCAAAAGUGUGUCCCUAAAUAUGCAAAUAGGAAUAAAUACACACAUGCCACACAUACUCACAUGGACAUCAAAAAAGGAUAAAAAGGUUAAGAUUAAAGGGAGGAGAAAAUAGACACUGCCUGGUAGUGGAAGUAUGCACAGAUUUUCAUAGAGUAUGGAGACCGAGAAACACAUGUUGUAAUUAAUUUACAGCAACCUCUAUAUUCUCCACGUUAAUUAUGUUGCAAAUUCAGGUACAUUUGUUCUGUCCUAAAUUCUGUUGUUUUUAUUCUCUUUUUAUAUAUGUAUAUAUACAUAUAUAUUUAAAUAUAUGUUCUCAUGAGAAAAAUAUAUAUAUGAGCAACGGUUUCUUUUCAUUGUUUUUCUUUAUUCUUUUACUUUGUGGUUAAAUAUCAUGUUUUUUUCUUCAUUAGGAAUAGAACAUCAUAUGCUUUAUUUCUUUAAAUUUAUUUUUGAAACAAAUUCUUUUUUUUUAGAUUUCUUUAUUUAUACUUAUAAGUACUCUAUUUGCAUGCAUGUGCAUGCUUUCAUGAACGAAUAGGACAUCAGAUCCUAUUACAGAUGGUUGUGAGCCACCAUGUGGUUGCUGGGAAUUGAACUCAGGACCACUGGAAGAAUAGCCAGUGCUCUUAAAUGCUGAGCCAUCUCUCUCUCCAGGCACAGCCAAUUUUUUUUUUUACUUUUACAAAAGUGUGUUAUAGCUUUUCUUAGCAUUUCUUUCUAAACCCUUUUUUAAUUGAAAUAAAAUUUAUAAAAUCAUGUAAAGUAAAUAUUCAAAAAAAACUUAAAUAAUUUUCUAAAAAUCUCAGUGGUGUUGGCAGCAACAAUACUUACAUUCAUGGAUUUUAUUUGUCUUAUUUAUGCUCAUUUUUCUCAAAUUAUGUUGUAAUGACAGUCUUGCUGAACAAAAUCUACCCAUUCCUAUUUAAAAAUAUGACAAAUUACCUCAAGAAUAUGGCUGUUUAAACAAGAUCUGAAUAAGGACGGAACCAAUGGGCAUUCCCACAUGUAAGGCAGAACUCUUAUAAGGGAGCAUACUUAUAUAAAAAGCUCUAGAAAAUUAAAGAAUUCUAAGAAUCUAAGAGCAAAAGAAUUAGUCUUCCUUAGGAUGGGCUCCUUAAUUGUUAAUCCAGUACCAACUAGUCAACCAUGAAACCAUGUACAUGCAAGCACCACUACACAGAUUCACCAGGCUCUGCUUAUGUGUGUGUGUGUAGUAAUAACUGCACAAAAGAAACACAAAUAUGAGAGAAAGUAGCAGAGAAACACAUGAGAGUUCUAGAAAGGAAAACAAAGGGGGAAAUGAUAUAACUGUAUUUUAAUUAAAAAAAUAAAAACCUGAAUCUCUGGGAAGAUGAUUGAUAUAUAUGCAUAUAUAUACACAUACAUACAUACAUUUCAUCAUUUAUUAUUGUUUACCUUGAUUAUAUCUUUUAGUGAUUAGAUAUCUAAGUCCUUAGGUAGUACCAUUAUUCAUCAUCUGAGAAAGAACUGAAGUUUUAAAAUAUUAAGAAUUUUAAUAUGUAAUUGUAAUAGGACUUUUCAAUUUUAGGUGGUUUUAAAAUAUAAUUUUAAUAACUUAUGUUUUCUUUUUUAAUUUUAAUUUAAUUUUAUUUUUAAUUACACUUUAUUUACUUUGUAUUUCCCCUCAAAUUCCCUCCCUCUUUGCCUCCCAAUCCUUCUCUUCCUCUCCCUUUCUCCAUGCAUGCCCCUCCCCAAGUCCACUGGUAGGGGAGGGUUUCUUUUUCUUCCUCCUGAUCCUAGUCUGUUAGGUCACAUCAGGAGUGGCUGCAUUGUCUUCCUCUGUUGCCUGGUAAGGCUGCUCCCCCCUCAUGGGGGAGGUGAUGUCCAACAACGGAGGAAUGGGUACAGAAAUUGUGGUAUUUUUUUCUUUUUUUAUUAUUAUUACUAUUAUUAAUUACACUUUAUUCAUUUUGUAUCCCCCCCUAAGCCCCUCCCUCCUCCCCUCCCGAUCCCACCCUACUGCCCUUUCUUCAUGGAUGCUCCUCCCCAUAUCCACUGAUAGGGGAGGUCCUCCUCUCCUUCCUUCUGAUCCUAGUCUAUCUGGUCUCAUCAGGAGUGGCUGCAUUGUAUUUCUCUGUGGCCUGGUAAGGCUGCUCCCCCGCUCAGGGGGAGGUGAUCAAAGAGCAGACCAAUCAGAUUAUGUCAGAGGCAGUCCCUCUUCCCAUUAUUAUGUAACCCACUUGGAAACUGAACUGCCAUGGGCUACAUCUGCACAGGGGUUCUAGGUUAUCUCCAUGAAUAGUCCUUGGUUGGAGUAUGAGUCUCAGGGAAGUUCCCUGUGUUCAAAUUUUCUUGUUCUGUUGCUCUCCUUAUGGAGUUCCUGUCCUCUCCAGCUCUUGCUAUUUCCCACUUCUUACAUAAAAUUCCAUUCACUCUGCCCGAGAGUUGGCCAUCAGGCUCAGCAUCUGCUUUGAUAGUCUGCAGGGCAGAGGCUUUCAGAUGCCCUCUGUAGCAGGUUCCUAGGUUGUUUCCUGUUUACUUCUUCUGAUGUCCAUCCUCUUUGCCUUUCAGGAUGGGGAUUGAACAUUUUAGUUAGGGUCCUCUCUUUUGCUUAGUUUGUUUAGAUGUACAGAUUUUAGUGGGUUUAUCCUAUGUUGUAUGUUUAUAUGAGUGAGUAUAUACCGUGUGUGUCUUUUUGCUUCUGGGACAACUCACUCAGGAUGAUCCUUUCCAGGUCCCACCAUUUACCUGCAAAUUUCAUGAUUUCCUUAUUUUUCAUUGCUGAGUAUUACUCCAUUGUAUAGAUGUACCACAAUUUCUGCAUCCAUUCUUCAGUUGAGGGGCAUCUGGGUUGUUUCCAGCUUCUGGCUAUUACAAAUAAAGCUGCUACAAACAUGGUUGAGCAAAUGUCCUUUUUGUGUACUUGAGCCCCUUUUGGAUGGAGUGGUAUGGCUGGAUCUUGAGGAAGUGCUAUUCCUAGUUGUCUGAGAAAGCGCCAGAUUGAUUUCCAGAGUGGUUGUACAAGUUUACAUUCCCACCAGCAAUGGAGAAGGAUUCCCCUUUCUCCACAACCUCUCCAGCAUAUGUUGUCCCUUGAGUUUUUGAUCUUGGCCAUUCUGAUGGGUGUAAGGUAAAAUCUUAGGGUUGUUUUGAUUUGCAUUUCCCUAAUGGCUAAUGAGGUUGAGCAUUUCUUUAAAUGCUUCUCUGCCAUUCGAUAUUCCUCUACAGAGAGUUCUCUGUUUGGCUCUGUUCCCCAUUUUUUAAUUGGAUUACUUGGUUUGCUGCUUUUCAGCUUCUUUAGUUCUUUUUAUAUAGUGGAUAUGAGUCCUCUGUCAGAUAAAGGGUUGGUGAUGAUUCUUUCCCAAUCUGUAGGCAGUUGCUUUGUUUUGAUGACGGUGUCCUUUGCUUUACAGAAGCUUUUCAAUUUUAUGAGGUCCCAUUUAUUGAUUGUUGCUCUUAGAGCCUGUGCUGUUGGUGUUCUGUUCAGGAAGUUUUCUCCUGUACCAAUGAGUUCUAGGCUAAUCCCCACUUCUUUUUCUAGCCGAUUCAAUGUGUCUCGUUUCAUGAUGAGGUCUUUGAUCUACUUGGACUUCAGUUUUGUGCAGGGUGAUAAGUAUGGAUCUAUUUUCAUUUUUCUACAUGUAGAUAUCCAGUUGGACUAGCACCAUUUGUUGAAGAUGCUAUCUUUUUUCCAUUGUAUGAUUUUGGCAUCUUUGUCAAAAGUCAGGUGUCCGUAAGUGUGUGGGUUUUGUUAACAUUCUGCAACCUCAAUUUACAGUAGAUGCAUAAGAUUCUAUUCAGUGUUGACCUCAUAAGUGUUAGAAGUAUUUUCAAAAGAAAUGCUCCAUUCCUCAUUUUUAGGACCCAGAUCCUGAACUGAUGGGAGGAACCCUGGCACCGUCAGUUGUCAGUUUCUCUUCUUAGAUGUGCCACUUUGAUCUGACAAAGUUUACUGUGUGUAGUCUGUUUUGUUUUUGAUCUAUAGGCUGGGUGCACUGAGUUAUUUUUUUCUGCCUCUCUUUAAAAAAAUUAAUUAGUUUAUGCACUUUUCAUCCCACUCAUAGCCCCCUUCCUUCUCUUUUCCCAGCCCCACCCUCCCUCUUCUCCCUAUUCACCCUCUUCUUAACCCUCAGAAAAAGGGAGCCUCUUCCCUAUUCAUCAACCCACUCAAGCACAUCAAGUUGCAUGAGGACUGAGUGCAUCCUCUUUCAUGUUGGCCUGGCAAGUCAGUCCCUCCAGAGGAAAGUGUUCAAAAAGCAUGCAACAAAGUCCUUGUCAGAAACAGCCCUGCUACCCUUACUAGGUAACCCACAUGAAGACCAAGCAUCCCAUUGGAUAAGUAUGUGUAGGAGACCUAGGUCCAGUCCAUGCAUGGCUGUUAGUUGGUGCUUCAGUCUCUGCAAACCCCUCUUGGCCCAUAUUUGUUGGCUCUGUUGGUCUUCUUAUGGAGUUCUUGUCUCCUCUGGCUCUUUCUCUCUACUCUUUCACAAGUCUCCCUGCUAUCAGCCCAAAGUCAAUGGCGGUGAGUCUCAACAUGUGUUUGAAACCGCUCCUGAGUGGAGUCUCUCAGGAGACAGCUAUACCAGGCUCUCAUCUACAAACAGCAGAGUGUGUUUGAUAGUGUCACGAAUUGGCUCUUUCUCCCAUUCAUCUAAAUGGCUAUUAUUGUCCCCACUUUUUCCCACUGACUUCUAGGCAAAUCAUUAGUCAAAAGAAACACAGACAAGUAACAGAGAUGGCAGCAAAAAAAAAAUCUUUAGAGAAAAGAACAUUGCAUUUAUUUCAACAAGUGAUUAAAAAUUUAGCUCCUUUUUUUCCAGGUUGGUGAUUGUUGCUCCAAUUGCCUGUGAGUUCUAAGUGUGUGAAUAAUCCAGAAGUGGUGUGACUCAUCAGCAUCAUGUCAGUCAUCACGGUCAGGUUCAUUAGCUACAUAGAGGAUCUUCAGAUAGAUACCAUGAUAAAAGUGCUCAUGUUAAUAUUCAUCAGAAAAUGGAAAAUUUGGGUGUUCAGCAGCACUAAAAUAGAAAAGAAAAAUAUGUAGAGAGACUCUUUUGUGUACCGUAUCGAAGUAUUAGCUGUCAAUAAAAAGGUUGAUGGUCUGUCUGCUGAGGCAGGAAAUAAGUAGUGGGAGUUACAGAAGAGAGAGAUGAACUCUGGGAUAGAGUCAGAGAGGGAGAUUCACCCUAGACUCUGAGAAAGAGGAAAGCAUGAAACUGAGGAGAAGUAACCAGACAUGUGACACAUACAGAAUAGAAAAACUGGUAAAAUAAGUUAUGAGCUAGUCAGGGAACGAGCCAAAGCUUAUGGCCUAGGCUUUUAUUCAUAAACAUUAAAAGUCAUGGAGUCAUUAUUUUGGGAACUGGGGUAUGGGUGCAAAAGCAUGAGGUUAAAAGUAUUCCCAAUGUGGGCUCAAUGAAAUUGGUUCAUCAAACGCAUAAAAUAUGUAAUUAUUGUUAUUAUAAUUUAUUAUUAUUUCUUACUGAAUAUGGCACUAGAAUAAAUUUGAAUUUUUUAUUUUUUGGUUACAGAAUCUGCCUUUCUUACUUUCAUGAACACAUUCAUAAAAAUAUUUUAAAAUACCAUAACUAAGUUAUUUAAGUUAUAUUCCCUGGCCUAGAAGAGAAAAUGAAGAAACAAGUUUUCACAAAUAUAUAUUUUACUUAACUACAUCAUACCAACCAAACAAAGCAAAGAAAAUGCCAUAAUCCUCUCUAAUUUCAAUAAACUAAGGAAAGUAGGUGCUGACUAUGCAUGUUUAGUACAAAGACAUGUCUAGAUAGUCGCCAAAACAAAUAAAUUAAGAGUGUCUGACUUAUUAAGUCAAAUAAAUUAA